GCUGCCUUCACCAGUCCUGGUGGUCCAGGCAGCAAUCCAUGGCGCCCAAGAAAAAGCGCGGGCCGGGCGCGGGGAGCCAGCCAGGGGGUGCGGCGGCCGCGGGUGCCGAGCAGCCGCUGUCUGAGCGGGCGCAGUACCUGCAACGCGAACACGCGCUGCUCUCGGAGCAGCUGGACGCCUGUGAGGAGCGCGUGGACCGGGUGCUGCGGGAGAACGCCUUCCUGGACCGCGAGGCGCUGCGCCUGCGCGAGGAGAACCGGCUCUACGCCAGCUACGUGAGCGCGCGCGCCCAGCGCUGCGCCAACGCCAUCGUCCGGCUGGACGAGCAGAACCGCGUGGACCUGGCGCAGAUCCACUGGCAGCGGGCGGAACUGGCCUCGCUCUACCACGGGCGCGAGGACGGGGUACGCGCGCAGCUGCUGGAGAUGGAGGCGCGCGCGGCACAGAUGGCGCGGCAGGUGCAGGAGCUGCAGCCCUACAAGGUGCUGCAACUGGAGCAGCUGGCUCGGAUCCGGGCGCUGGAGCGCGAUCUUCUGCAUAUGCGCGUGGAGCACACACAGCUGCUCCACCGCGUGAAGCGGCGCUUCCUGGAGGACAAGGCGGCCUUCGAGCGCGAGGCGCGUCAGCGCGUGCAGUCCCUGGCACGGCGCGCGGAGCGGGAGGCGGCGCGCGCGCUUGUGGCGCACACGCAGGCCAUCAAGGCGGACAACGGGCGCCUGCGGCAGGAGCUGCUGCUGCUGCUCCGCCGGACUCAGCUGCUUCACGACACGCGGCGCCAGCUGCUGGAACAGCGCGAGCAGCUGCACCGCGAGCACGAGGACACGCGGGACCUGGCGCGUGUGCACGGUUGGCUGCGCAGGGGCCCCGGAGGCCCGCCGCUCUGGGAGCCGCCGGCCUCCUCCCUGCCCACCUCGCGCCCCGGGUCAUUAGCCGCCCCCAUAGGCCCGUCGCGGGCGGCCUCCCAGACCCCGUCCGUGGUCCCGUCGCGCGCGGCCUCCCAGACCCCGUCCGUGGUCCCGUCGCGCGCGGCCUCCCGGGCCCCGUCCGUGGUCCCGUUGCACGAGGCUUCCCGGGUCCCCUCGUUGGUGCUAUCAAUCAUGGAGUCCGCGGUCCCAUCGCUGGCCACUUCAAAGGUGCGAUCCCGGAUCCCAUCCCUGACCGCGUCGCGCGCAGGCUCCCGGGCCCUGUCGCUGGCGCAGUCACUCGAGGGCUCUCGGAUCUCUUCGGGGUCCUCAUUGAGGGUGUCCUCGCAGGACACUCUCCGCUCUACGAAGUCUGGCCCCAAGCUUCGCUCUGGUCUGUCCCGGGAUCGGGAUCCGGCCCUUCUCCCCCCACAGUCGGAGGAGAGCGUGAAUGCUGACGCUGCGGCAGAAGCCUCCCCGGGGAGAGCCUGAACCUGCGGGGAGGGAGGCCCGGGAGUCCCCGGUGUGGGCGAGCCUGGCGCGCAGGACGCUUAGGGGGAUAAUGCAAUGGUUAAUAAAGGCGUGGCCCCCAGGCGGCUCUGACACCCACGUGCAAGCUCUAGCAU